AUGCAGCUAAGAGAAUCGAUUCAUAAGACCAAGAAGUUCUUUCACAAUACUCUCCAUAACCUUAAGUCCAUCUUACUUGGUGGCUACCAAAAGCUAACCAAGCCUACUUCUUUCAACCCCUUCUCAUGCGGCCGCAGCAAUGUGAAGAAUUACCAGACAGAUCAGUACUAUGCUGAUUUUUGCAAUGAAUGGGAGUAUGAUCUGGAAAAGGCAAUGAAUAGAAAGAGCAAUAGUUUCAUGGGGUCAAAAGAGCCAAUGAGAGAUGAAGAUAUGAGUAAUGAAAGUGAGAUGAAGCUUGCAAAGAGUCCAUUGAAGAAGAAACAAGGAGGAGGAAAGGAAGAGAAUAGUAAGAAAAUUUCCCAACUCAAAAAAGCAGACGAAAAAAGCUCAAAGAACACGAAUGAAAGCGGUUAUGUAUUAGCAAAUAAGAUGAAGGAAUUGGAAAUGAUGGAUGUGAGUGAUGUAGAACAUGUUUUGGAUGUAGAAGAGGCACUCCACUACUAUUCUCGUCUCAAAAGCCCUGUUUACCUUGACAUUGUCGACAAAUUUUUCACCAACAUGUAUACAGAAUUUUCUGUUCCACAGGCCUCUGCCAGCAUCAACAGUUCAAAGCGAAGACUCGGGUCAAUUAGCCGGACCUGGCCUGUUGAUCCUGUCAAGACUCUGAGAUUCGAGAGCUUCAUCAUUGCUCGGGCGAAGUCUUGGCGGAACAAGGAGAUGUCUGAAGCAUAUGCUCGUACCCAAAUCCCAGCCAUAUUCAUUCCUGGCUCCUCCAUUAAGGACAGCAGUGAAUCUUCGAAGGAAGCUGAUGAGGGUGCUGAUGAUGACGGUGGGAAAGGUAUUGAGCCUUUGGAGGAAGGUGAUGAGGGUGCUGAUGAUGACGGUGGGAAAGGUAUUGAGCCUUUGGAGGAAGGUGAUGAGGGUGCUGAUGAUGACGGUGGGAAAGGUAUUGAGCCAUUCAAGGAAGGUGACGGUGCGGAUGAUGAUGAUGAUGGGGAGCCCCUCAUUUCUGCUGACCCAGAUGAUGAAGAUGGUGAUCCUCUACAAGAAAGUGAAGGUGCUGUUGAUGGUGACUUGGUGCCAUCAAAGGAAGUUGACGGUGCUGGUGAUGGUGGUGUGGCUUUAAAGGAAGGCGAGGGCAAAGGCGAAGGCGGUGCUCCCAUCGAUGAGUUACUGUUGGUGCAUCUUGAUCUCAAUAGGUUAAGGAAUCCAGUAUCCAGAGAUGGAUCGGGCUUACUGGUCCUACCAAAGUCGUAG